GCUGGCGCCGGCGGCGCCGUGGAGGAGCUGCGCGCGCGUGCCGCGGCGCUCCGGCGGGGCCUGGACGAGAACCCGCAGGCCCGGCUGCGGAACUCGACGGCCCUCUGGAAGGAGCGGCCAGAGGUGCUGGAGCUCGUGGGGCGCUUCGUGCGCACCCAGACCUACCUGCCCCAGCAGACCAUUGUGGCCGCCGGGGAGGCCUGCGAGUACCUCUACAUCGUGGUCACCGGG